CUUUCCGCACCCUGUGCACGCGAUCGCUAAACCACCCUGCUCAGCGCGAAGUAACGCCAAGCCCACUCGACCAAGGGAAAGCCCAACGCGACAGCUAUUGCAUCAUGGCGCUCUGCCAAAACCGUCUCCAAGAGGAGAGGAAACAGUGGCGGCGCGACCAUCCUUUUGGCUUCUACGCCAGACCUGCGCGCACAAGCGAGGGCGUGCUCGACCUGAAGAACUGGGAAUGUGGCAUCCCCGGCAAAGAGAAGACCAUUUGGGAGAAUGGUCUUUUCAAGCUGAACAUCGCCUUCCCAGAUGAAUACCCCACGAAGCCGCCAAAGUGCAAAUUUGUUCCGCCGCUGUUCCACCCAAACGUCUAUCCAUCCGGCACCGUCUGUCUCUCGAUCCUCAACGAGGAAGAGGCUUGGAAGCCUGCGAUCACCGUGAAGCAGAUCCUGCUCGGCAUUCAAGACCUCCUCAACGAUCCGAACCCCGAGUCACCUGCGCAGGCGGAUGCGUACAAUCUAUUCAAGAAGGAUCGCGUCGAGUACGAGAAGAGAGUCAAAAGAGUGGUCAAGGACAACCCGGCCCCUUGAGGUCGUUCACGAGUUGACAAAAGGAUCUGGAGAAUGAAUAGUUUGGGAUUAAAUGAAGGAUGGCGACCUGGCGUUUAAG